UAUUGCAAAUAAAACUUUCAUAAUCAUCAUAAAGUUUUAUUAAGAUUUUAAUAGUGGGAAAGGUAUAAAUAUUAGUGAAGUGACACCGAGGCCGCACCAGUCGAGCACAAUGGCAACACACGAAGUGAAGGUGCCGGUAUUCUGGGGACACAUUGCAGUGAAAACAUGGGGAGAAGCAACGGACCCUCCUAUUCUUAUGGUUCACGGAGUUCGUGACAAUGCCGGUUCCUUUGAUCGGUUAAUUCCCAUGUUGCCCCCGCGGUUUUACUACAUCUGCCCUGAUCUACCAAGCCACGGGCUAUCGAGCAAGUUUCCUCCACACACAAUGAUAACGAGCAUGGAUUAUAUUUUAACGUUAAAGCUGAUUUUGGAUCACUUUAAAAAGGAGAAGUACAUUUUUUUCGGGCACAGUUAUGGAGGGCAGCUGCUCAUGAUGUUCGCCCAAAUAUAUCCGCAUUACGUUUCCAAACUGAUCACGUUGGAUUCCUUCUACUUGCUGCCGAUGCCCACGAAAUCCAUGAUGAGUGACCUCGUGCGUAAUAUUAACAAAGUUAUUGCGCUAAACAACACAAAGCAAAGAGGUAUAUUUUAUCUGGACGGCGUCGACAAAAUAAAGGAGACCAGAAUGUACGAAAACGAACUGGACGAAGAAGCAGCAAUGUGUUUGGCCGAUAGGUGUUUAGCAGAGCAUGGUAAAGAGAUGUAUAUAUUCUCGACGGAUGCUAGAAUAAGUUCCAGAAUAAACCCAUUUUUUGAUUUGAAAGUAAUCAUACAAAUGCUUCACCAUUAUAAGAUAACGUGUCCAUUCUUGUUCAUCUAUACGACGGAAACGAAAGAGAAGUACAGUGAUUAUUGCCACGCAAUGAUCGAUGCAAUCAGGACCAUGCCAAAAUGUCGAAUUGAAGAAAUCUCGGAGAAUCACGACGCCCAUCUGAACGAACCAGAAUCCGUUGCGCCCUUGAUUAGUAAAUUUUUGGAAGAACUUAGUAAAUUAUAAAUUUUUGAACAUAUGCAUAUUAAAGAUAGAUUUCAAUGAUAA